UGCCGCACGCUGCGGGGCUUCCAGGGGCUGCUGGAGCGGGAGUGGAUCCAGGCCGGCCACCCCUUCCACCUCCGCUGCGCCCGCUCUGCCUACUCCCACGCGCGGCUGAAGCAGGAGGCGCCGCUUUUCCUCCUCUUCCUCGACUGCGUGUGGCAGCUGAGCCGCCAGUUCCCCUUCUCCCUGGAGUUCAGCGAGCGCCUCCUCCUCACCCUCUUCGACAACGCCUACGCCUCCGCCUACGGCACCUUCCUCUGCAACAACGAGAAAGAGAGGUGCCUGUGUAAGGUGAAGGAGAGCACGCACUCCCUCUGGGCCUGCCUGAGCCAGCCUGGGGAGAGGGAGAAGUACCUGAACCCUCUCUACUCGCACAAUGCCCUGGUGAUCUGGCCCUCGGUGGAGCCGCAGAGCAUCCAGCUCUGGCAGGGUUUGUUCUUCCGAUGGAUCCGCUCAUCCCAGUACCUGGACGAGGCCUGGGCAGAGAUCCAGCAGGUGGUAGGGGGCAGUGAGCCCCUCGUCAAGGAGAGCACAGGGAACAGGCUGAGCCGGUCCCUCUCUGACCCCGCUGCCCCCAUGGAGAAUGAACGAUGA